AUGGGUGAUCUGCGCUGCCAUUCCGUCAUUCGGGAGGACGUGGAGGUUCUUUAUGGUUCCGCGACUCUAAUGCUACGUGAAACAGCUGACUCUUGUGUUGUCUUCGGUUACCUGGAACAAAUGAUACCAACGAAUAACAGGCGUGAACCUCAGCAACAACAGCAACAGCAGCAGCCACAACAACAGCAACCGCCCCCACAACCACAGACACCUCAACAGCAACAGCAGCCCCCCAGUUGUCAGCAGUCCCAGCAGCAGUCGCCUCAGUCGCAGCAGCACUCACAGCUGGACGUGGCCGAGGCCAGCCGGACCCCCGAGCACGUGCGUCAUGAAGAUGGUGAGUGUUGCCUUGCCGUGCCAGCGGUUUACUUGGGUAUACUAGGGUAUGUGACGAUCGUCUUUGUGGCUCUCAUAUUUCCUGCUCCUGUUUCGCCAUCGCUACCAACCAUCGAUUCGCAUAAUACCUAG